AGGCGGAAGUAGCUCGUACGCCGGUAGCCGCCAUGCCGGGAGACCACCGCCGCAUCCGAGGGCCAGAGGAGUCCCAGCCGCCGCAGCUGUACGCGGCCGAAGAAGACGAGACGCCCGCUGCUCGCGACCCGACGCGCCUACGACCGGUGUACGCCCGCGCAGGGCUGCUGAGCCAGGCUAAGGGCUCAGCCUACCUGGAAGCGGGAGGUACCAAGGUGCUGUGCGCCGUGUCCGGUCCGCGGCAGGCCGAGGGCGGUGAGCGCGGCGGCGGUCCCGCCGGAGCGGGCGGUGAAGCUCCGGCUGCUCUCCGGGGUCGCUUGCUCUGCGAUUUCCGUCGCGCGCCCUUCUCCGGUCGCCGGCGUCGCGCGCCCCAGGGCAGCAGCGAGGAUCGUGAGCUGGGUCUGGCUCUGCAGGAGGCUCUGGAGCCCGCUGUGCGCUUAGGACGCUACCCUCGUGCUCAACUCGAGGUGUCCGCGCUGCUGCUGGAGGACGGCGGCUCUGCGCUGGCCGCGGCCCUCACCGCUGCUGCGCUCGCCCUGGCCGACGCGGGAGUGGAGAUGUACGAUCUGGUAGUGGGCUGCGGCUUGAGCCUCACACCGGGGCCCUCCCCGACUUGGCUGCUGGACCCCACGCGACUGGAGGAGGAGCAUUCUGAGGCCGGCCUCACGGUGGCGCUCAUGCCCGUGCUCAAUCAGGUGGCCGGGUUAUUGGGCAGUGGGGAAGGCGGCCAGACUGAGAGUUGGACCGAUGCGGUGCGCCUGGGCCUGGAAGGCUGCCAGCGCCUCUACCCGGUGUUGCAGCAGUGCUUGGUGAGGGCUGCCCGCCGGAGGGGUGCCGCCGCCCCGCCCUGAUUGGAAAACUUGAGCGACGAGGAUGCGGAGGACUGCUAUCGCCCUUUUCUCCCAAAAGGACCAGCGCUGAUGGUUGCCCGAUUUCGCUGAGCUGAGACAGGAGAGUGGGGGAGUGGUGCGCACAGAACCAAAGCUCUGCACAGCUGCGUUGGAAAGAAGUUUAAAAGGCCGUUGGAAACACGAUCCAGUUGGAGAAAUUUGAAAGCAGCCAUAUUCCUAAGUUGGAAAGGACUUGGGCUGGAUUUACUUAGUAAAUGAGACCUGGGGCUAUGGCCUUGUAAGGGAUGGACCCUGUGCAGGCCAGCCGGCAGCUCCAAUAUAAUUCUUUUUUUUUUUUUUUUUUUUUUUUCUGAGUUGGGGACCGAACCCAGGGCCUUGCGCUUGCUAGGCAAGCACUCUACCACUGAGCUAAAUCCCCAACCCCAAUUCUUUUCUUUUGAGAGGAUGGACAAGGGGACUUUGCCUUCUCACUACUCGAAGUAAAACAUAAAAACAUUUUUAUGCCUGGAAAUAACAUGUGUUGUGAUUUUUCUUGAGUUAAAAACAAUGCUGUUCAGAAAUGGG